UACAUUGCAUUCUUAUUGGUUGUUCACGGUUGCUAAUGCUGUGAGUGACCUGAAAGUUAACGUUUAUCAUAUUAUACUUUCUUCAAAACGAAUUAAUAUUUAUUUGAAUCUCUUAGUUAUUCAUUUUUUCAAGCUACUGAUGCAUUGCAAUUUUGUGUUUGAUAAUAGUUACAGUUAUUAACACUACAUUUAAAGUAUUCGCUUAAAAUCGUUAGACUGAGACAAUGAAUGAUAUUUUAAAAUUUAAGGAAAAUAGUAAUAAUGGACUGGAUAUCCUUGUUGAUGUUGGCGAUGAUGAAGAACUGUCUUCGUUAAUACAAUGCUUUCCUAAAGAAUCUAAUCAAUUUAUAAUGAAGCUUAGAAAUUCACAGUAUAAUAAAUCAACUGAUGCUCAAUAUAGUUUGAAUAGCCAACCAAAACAGAAUGGUAAAAAGCAACCGCAUCGUUAUGUUACAAAUUUUGACGUUGAAGCACCAUUUAGUACAUCGACAACAUAUAGAAAUACAUUUUGUCAUCAAACAGAUAAUAAUACUGGUGAGAAAAAAAGUGAACCACAUAAGUCUCUAACAAGUCAACCAAUUUUACGGUUUGGUGAAAUGCCUGUUUUCACAGAUUCUAUUUUAUAUCCCGGUCAAAAUCGUCGAUUACAAAGUACAACACAUGAAACAUUUGUUGAAAAGCCAAUACCAAGUAUUUCAAAACCACGUGUUAGUCAACCAUUUUUCGGUGAAACUCAAUUCCAUGCAGAUUUUCCACCAAAUCGUGCAUGGAAUAGUUUUGAUCAGCUGUGUUCAGUGGCUCAACAUAAAUGUCAGCCACCAAAAGCACAAAUUCAGUUACGUGAUACAAAUGAAAUAUCUUUUCACACUGAACAACGUGAUCAGUUUCAAGGUCAUGAUGCUCGGACUAAUCCGAAGCCGAAAUCAUUCAAACUCCAACCGUCAGUUUAUUGCAAACCAGUUAUAAAACUUGAUUGUAAUUCAGUGACAAAAUUGGAUUUCCAGCCAUACACAGUUGAACAAGUACUUAGUGUAAACUCAAAGUCUGCCUUUGGUAGUAAAACAAUACGUACGGAUGACAGCGAUGUACAACAAUCUGGAAAAAUGAAACCUGAGGAAUUAAAACUACUGAAAAACUAUUUAAAAGAUUUAAAAUCAGCGAGGAACGAAGAAAUACCUAAAAUUUAG